GUGCUUGCAUAGCUGUAAAACCGGGGAUGACGGCCAAUGAGAUCCAAACAAACGUAACAUAAAGUUAACGCUGUUUCCAAUCUUAGUAUUAUUCUCCUCUCCUCACAGACACAGCUCAUUCUCACGUUCGUAUUCUUUGUUGGUUUCUUUUGAAAUACUGUACUACUUAAUAAACAAAACAAUAACUCAGCGAGGAGAGGAGAGGAGGUGUUAUAGAAAAGAAAAGAGAGAUGGGAGAGAGAGAGGAAGGAGAAGGAGUAAUGGCGACUGACUUUUUCUGGUCGUACACAGAUGAACCCCACGCUAGCAGGCGCCGCCAGAUUCUCUCUCAGUACCCUCAGAUCAAGGAUCUUUUUGGUCCUGACCCCUUUGCUCUCUUCAAGAUUGCUGUGGUUGUUUUGCUUCAGCUAUGGACGGCAACUUUGCUCCAGAAUGCUGGUUGGCUGAAGAUACUGGCAAUAGCCUACUUCUUUGGCUCUUUUCUCAACCACAACCUCUUCUUGGCCAUCCAUGAGCUCAGCCACAAUCUUGCCUUCUCAACCCCAGUAUACAACCGUUGGCUUGGGAUUUUUGCUAACCUCCCUAUUGGUGUACCCAUGUCUGUCACCUUUCAAAAAUAUCACCUUGAGCAUCAUCGGUUCCAAGGUGUAGAUGGCAUUGAUAUGGACAUUCCAAGUCACACUGAAGCUCAUCUUGUGACAAAUGUUAUUUCCAAAAGCAUAUGGGUCAUUUUGCAACUCUUCUUCUAUGCUUUCCGGCCUCUAUUUCUGAAACCAAAGCCUCCUGGUUGUUGGGAGUUCAUCAACACAUUUAUUCAGAUAUCCCUUGAUGCAUUUAUAGUUUACUUUUGGGGCUGGAAAUCUUUUGCCUAUUUGAUCCUUUCCACAUUUGUUGGGGGUGGGAUGCACCCAAUGGCUGGUCACUUCAUUUCGGAGCAUUAUGUCUUCAACCCUGAACAGGAGACAUAUUCUUAUUAUGGCCCCCUGAAUCUUAUGACAUGGAAUGUGGGGUACCACAACGAGCACCAUGAUUUCCCUAGAAUUCCUGGGAACAAGCUGUAUAAGGUGAAGGAGAUUGCACCUGAGUACUAUGAAGGUUUAGACUCAUAUAAAUCUUGGAGCCAGGUUAUUUAUAUGUAUGUUAUGGACCGAACAGUUGGGCCUUUUAGCCGAAUGAAGAGGAAGGUAAAGAAAAAUGAAUAGGUGUUUUCAUUUUUAUUACCUGUUCCAUAUUUUUUAUCCUCUUUCCCUGGAUUGGUAAUGGUAAUUACCUUUGUAAUUCGCUAUGUAUUUGUAACAUUUUUGAAGAGUGCUUUAGUUUUAGGCUAAAAGAGUUAGUUGUUUGUUCAUUCAUUAACAAUUCAGAAGAACAUCUGUUUACUGAUUUAUGCCUUUAAGAUGUGGGGUAUAUCUAUAUUGAUAAUAAUAUCUAUAGUAAUCUCUCUC